AUGUCAAUAAGUUUACCAAUUGGAAGAGAUCCACAAAUAGAACUUGAGAAUGAUCCCAGAGUAUUACUGGGAUUAGCAGGGAUAAUUGGAUGUGAUGAAAACACGGGUAAUACCACAAAUAAUGAGAUAAAUGAGAGAAUAGAACAUAUUGGGAAUACAAUAAAGAGAAAACAAGAUUAUGGAUCUGGAUCAGUUGGAGAGGGAGAUUUCAAACAAUAUCAACAAGGUGAACAAUUAAAAGGUAAUGAUUUGAGAGUAAGUGAUAAUAUUUUGGAUAAUUUUUUUAUUUCAAACUCGUCUUCUAUUAUAAACACACCUAGCACAACUUUAAGCCCAUUAACUAAUCAUAAUCAAGCUCAAAAUUUAGGUAUAAAUAAAAUGACUAGUUUGCCAAUGGAAAAUUAUGGAUUAUAUAUGAAUAGGAUGGACUUAAUAGAUAUAGUAUUUGAUGAAGAACUAAGUGCAAGAGGAGCAAAUCUUGCAGGUCCAUUGGUUUAUCCAAACUCAGUUAGUUUAAUUACACUACAAAAGUUAUGGCAGAAUUUAUUGUUAAUAAAUAAUGUUUUGCAACAACAACCUUCGCCUUCACUUUAUCAAUCUCUGUUGUCACAUAUUAAUAAUGCCGCAGUUACAGCAGCGAAUUUGUUUCCAACUCAAAUACCAUCUUCAUAUGUAGAUAUUCAGUCUUGUCACCUGUCCCCUUUGUUGACUUCAAUUUGUAAUGAUAAAACAAAUUCUAGUAUAUACUCUGAAAUUUUACAAUUUUUAGCUUCACAAUGUACACAAUUAGUUAGUGGUCAAAUUGUAGAAUCUGGUGAAAUUAGAGUCUCUGGUACAGGAAUAAAUGACAGCAUUAGUACCUUUGGUAAUGAUAAUAGAGAACUUUUUGGAACUCAAGAAUGUAAUGCAAAUAUUGUAGAUAGUAUUGUUAGAGCUCCACAAAUAAUUGUAUCUAAUUCCAGCAGUAGUGGUAAUACAGUUACAAAUAGCCUUGCUAGAUCAAAUACUAAUGGUGUUUCAGAAGAUACUUCAAAUAAUUUCCCUAAUUUUACAGCUAGUGAAGAUUUAAAAAAUAAAUCUUUACCCAUAGAGCUUACACAUUCUUUCACUUGUAAUUCUGAAUCUAAAAAUCUAAAACCAAAACUCAUAGGCAACAUGAGAUUGUCCGGAAUACUAAAACAUGACCAAAUACGAGAGUUAUAUGAUACGAGUACAAUACCUAAAGAUCUUACUAUUCCUCAAUAUUCUCCAGGUAUUAAGUUAGUUUUAGGAGAAGCAGGAAGAGAACUUUUAAGAGCGUGUAUAAGAAAUAAGGGAAUGAAAGGUAAGGAUUUACAAAAUACAUCAAUUACUGAUUUACUUAAAGCGGCCCACGAAAAUGACUUGUGGUUAGUAGCUAUUAAGAUACAUUUGGAGCAUCGUGGAGUCAUCCCAAUGAGUGCUAUACACUCAAAGUGGAGGAAGCACAAGUCUAUACAAAAUAAAGUUAGGCGACAAAAACGUGAAAGAGCAUCUGAAUUACUUUCAUUAGCAUCUUGUGUAAAUAUAAGUAGUGUUGAAAUCAAUGAUAUAAAUGAAAAGAGAAUAAAAGUAGAAAAACAUAAUGAUGAAAAACUAGAAUGUGAUAGUUCUUUGGAAUAUUACCCAGGAAUAGUUUUAAAGUUAGGACAUGAAGGUAGAAAAGCACUUAUUAAGGCCAUAAGAGGCUGUCAUGAACAAUCCCCUGAAUCUGUUAAUCUUGCAUUCCAAAAAAAUGGAAUUUCCUACAGUCAAAUUAGAAAUGCCACAGUUUCUUUACUACUAAAAAUGUCCUAUUUAUGUGGAUUAUGGGAUGUAGCUGUGAAGUUACAUCAUCAGCAUAUGAAUAAGAAAAAGAGGUACAAUUUUAAAUAUAUUUAUGAAUUUAACGUAAAUGAAAAUAAAAGUAAGUCUGAAAUAUUAAAUCAUAGUGUUUUAGGUAGACAUACGGAUUUUAUAAAAGAUGAUCAAGAUGAAAAAUAUAAAUAUGAGAGUGUUAAUGAAGAAAAUUCUGAAGUUACUAAAGAAAAUAAAAAGAGUGCUCAUAUAUAUUUGGAUAAUAAUAACUCAAAUGAACUCUGCGCAGAUCUUAGAAUGAUCUCAAACCCUAAAAUAGAUAUUACUUUUUCUCCUCAGCAUGAAAAUUUUUGUCAAGGUUCAGAUUCUGUUGUUCCCUAUACAGCCGCAUGCUUAUCCUCACAAAGUAAACUAUAA